CCCCCUCCGGCCACCCCCUCUUCUUCCUCGUCCUCCUCAACUCUGCCGGGGACGCUCCUCCACCGGGGACGCUCCUCCACCCCGCGCCGGCCGCCCACCAUGGCUUCCGAGGAGCUCUAUGAGGUCGAAAGGAUUGUGGACAGAAGAAAGAACAAGAAAGGAAAGAUAGAAUAUCUGGUGCGGUGGAAAGGCUACGACAGUGAAGACGACACUUGGGAACCAGAGCAGCACCUUGUGAACUGCGAAGAAUACAUUCACGAAUUCAACAGACGCCACAAUGAGAAACAAAAGGAAAGCACAUUAACUAGGACAAAUAGGACCUCUCCCAACAAUGCCAGGAAGCAGAUUUCUAGAUCAACCAAUAGCAGUUUUUCAAAGACUUCUAAAUCGUUAGUGAUUGGAAAAGAUCACGAGUCAAAAAAUAAUCCGUUAUUUACUGCCAGCCAGAAGCUCCGGAAAAAUACAUCACCAUCUCUCUCAAACAGGAAAAAUAUGGACCUUGCAAAAUCUGGUAUUAAAAUCCUGGUGCCCAAAAGUCCUAUUAAGAGUAGGACAGCAGUUGAUGGUUUUCAGAAUGAAAGCCCCGAUAAACUGGAUCAGAUUGAACAGGAUCAAGAAGACUCUAUGGCACCUGAAGUGGCAGCAGAAAAGCCAGUGGGUGCUUUACUGGGGCCUGGUGCGGAGAGGGCUAGAAUGGGGAGCAGGCCAAGAAUACACCCUCUAGUGCCUCAACUUCCAGUUCCGGUCACCGCAACCAUUGCGUCCGCAUUAACGAUCAAUGGAAAAGCAGCAGCAGACGUAGAAGUCCAGGACCCUCUGCUCCUUCCUCCCAAUCCUCUAGGACUCGAGGUGAACCCCACCCAUCCCCCCCGAGCCAGGAGUAACAGGAAAAGAGGUUCAUCUACCUUUCUGGAUGCAUUAGCUGCCAAUGGAACAACCAAUAUACAAACAUCUGUUACAGGCGUGACAGCCAGCAAAAGGAGGUUUAUUGAGGACCGAAGAGACCAACCUUUUGACAAAAGGCUGCGUUUCAGUGUGCGACAAACCGAAAGUGCUUAUCGAUACAGGGACAUUGUGGUUAGAAAGCAGGAUGGCUUCACUCACAUUUUAUUAUCAACAAAAUCUUCAGAGAAUAAUUCCCUAAACCCAGAGGUAAUGAAGGAAGUUCAGAGUGCACUGAAUACGGCCGCUGCAGAUGACAGUAAACUUGUGUUGCUCAGUGCAGUGGGUAGCGUCUUCUGCUGUGGUCUUGAUUUCAUUUAUUUUAUACGGCGUCUGACAGAUGACAGAAAAAGAGAAAGCACUAAAAUGGCGGAAGCCAUUAGAAACUUUGUGCAUACUUUGAUUCAGUUUAAGAAGCCCAUCAUUGCAGCAGUAAAUGGUCCAGCAAUUGGCCUUGGAGCUUCCAUACUGCCUCUCUGUGAUGUCGUUUGGGCUAAUGAGAAGGCUUGGUUUCAGACCCCAUACACUACCUUUGGGCAGAGUCCUGAUGGAUGUUCUUCCCUCUCCUUUCCCAGGAUAAUGGGACUAGCUUCUGCAAAUGAAAUGUGGUUCAGUGGAAGGAAGUUGACCGCACAGGAGGCUUGUGCCAAAGGAUUGGUCUCCCAAGUGUUUUGGCCGGGGACAUUCACACAGGAAGUAAUGGUUCGAAUUAAGGAACUUGCCACAUGUAAUUCAGUUGUUCUUGAAGAAUCCAAAGGUCUGGUGCGCAAUGUCAUGAAGAUGGACUUAGAGCAAGCAAACGAGAGAGAGUGUGAAGUGUUAAAGAAAAUCUGGGGCUCUGCUCAAGGAAUGGACUCCAUUUUAAAAUACUUGCAGAGAAAAAUUGAUGAAUUCUAAUUGGCUGUGAUGCUCGUAAAUUGACACUGGAAUUGAAUUUAAUGGAUAUCUAUGGCUCAAAGAUACCCUAAUCCAUUUUGAAACCCUGAAACAGGUUUACCUAUAGCUGAAAAAGCUUGGAAAUAGGACACUGGAAAAAUCCAAGCUGUGUACCAUUGAGGAGCUUUUAAAAGUACUGUAUCUUAAGGAGAAAAAAAAUUACCAGAUCUCCUUUGUCCCAACAUAAUUCUUUUAUAUCGAAUAAUCGUACACACACGAAGUAAAAAUAUAACAAUGAGCACCAGACAGCUUUUGAAGCUCUAGUUUUAUUGUCUUUGGCUAGUACUGUAUAAAGAAGAAAAGCAUUGAACUGUGUUUGUUGUUUUCUGGGUAGCAGGAAAGUCUGGAAUAAUGUUUGUUCUUUCUCUAUACAUUUUCUUCUAGAAUACAGAAUUUAAACGGGUAUUAGCCAAACUUUUCACCGCCCCAACAAGUCAGUAAAGAUCUGAGGCUUUGCGUUUUGUCUCAGAGAAGGUGCAAAUACCUCAAAUAAUAGAAUAUUCUAAAUGAAAAAUAAGCAUCUUUAAUAGGAGAUGCCCUUAUAAGUGAAAAGCCGAAUGAUACACAUAUCCUAAAAACAGAAUGUGUGCUCAGGAUUUAUGCUAAGUAAACAUCCGGCUCCCUUUAAAAAAAAAAAAAAAAGUCCAAUUCUUACCCAGUUAGCAUGAAGAAACCACUGUCUCUCUAGAAGAAAGCUUGUUUUGCAGUAUUAGUGAAUCACUGAAUAUCUUAUGUAAGAAUAUCUAAGUUAUAAGUUAGUCUUAGUGGAUUUUAAAAUAGUUUUCCUGACUUUUAAAAAAUAACUACAUAAGUGCUUCUUGUUGCUGGGUGAGAAUACUACUUUAUAUACAGUUUUGUUUUCCUUUUGCAGAUAUAAUUAAUGUAUUACACCAAAAAUUGCAUUUUAUGUUCAUCCGUGUAAUUUCUAGGUUCACUUAGAAUAUAUUUUUAUUUAAUAAGUUAAAUUCUCUUGGCACACUAUUAAAUACGGAAACUUCUUUCAAAAAAAAGGACUACCUUAUAUUAGACAUUUACUGUUCUUUGUCUUUGCUUUAUAUGUCUACACCAUGGACUUUAUACAGCAUGGUGUACAAGAGUGCCCUGUGUAAAUAGACAUAUUUUGCAUUCCUUUCAGGAGUGUUACUGAUUCCUGACUACAGGUGCCUGUAAUUACUUGGGCAUCUGGGCUUGCAAUCUGAAUGAAUGUAUGAAGAAUGAAAUAAAAUCAAACCUUAUUUUUGUACAGUUUUGAAGUUUAUACUUGGAACUGACCACCUCCCUCCCCUCCCCCCCUUCCCGGCAGAGAGCUGUACAGUGUGUAAAUCUGCCUUUACCUUGGAUUGGUACAGUAUUUUUGCAUCUGUGGGACCUACUUUUUUGUUCAGUAGUUGAACUAUAUAUAAACUGUACAAUCUGUAAAGUUUUUAUAGAAUAAAUAUUCAGCUGUGAAAACUGGUUAAAAUAAAACUAAUAUUUCUUAACACAUUCUAAA